CUGGCCCGGCACGCUCCCGGCAGGCGUUGCGUGCGCGUGGCCUUGCCCCACCCCUCCGCUUUGGCCACGCCCCUCGCGGAGCUGGGCAGAUGGCGGAGCUGGACAUCGGGCAGCACUGCCAGGUGGAACACUGCCGGCAGCGAGAUUUUCUUCCAUUUGUGUGUGAUGGUUGUUCAGGAACAUUUUGCCUUGAACACAGAAGCAGGGACUCUCACGGCUGUCCAGAGGUGACUGUAACCAAUGAGCAACUGAAGACAGACACACACAAAUCUUUCCCAUGCUCAUUCAAGGACUGUACUGAAAGAGAGCUGGUAGCAGUUAUAUGUCCUUAUUGUGAGAAGAAUUUUUGCCUGAGACACCGUCAUCAGUCAGAUCAUGAGUGUGAAAAACUGGAAAUCCCAAAGCCUCGUAUGGCCGCCACUCAAAAACUUGUUAAAGACAUUAUUGAUUCCAAAACAGGAGAAACAAGUAAGCGACGGAAAGGUGCAAAAAACAGUGCGACAGCUGCAAAGGUUGCCUUGAUGAAGUUAAAGAUGCACGCCGAUGGGGAUAAGUCAUUGCCACAGACAGAAAGAAUUUACUUUCAGGUUUUCUUACCUAAAGGGAGUAAAGAGAAGAGCAAACCAAUGUUCUUUUGCCAGCGAUGGAGCAUUGGAAAGGCCGUAGACUUCGCAGCCUCUCUAGCCAGUCUGAGAAAUGACAAUAACAAACUAAAAGCUAAGAAAUUAAGGCUGUGUCACAUCACUUCUGGAGAAGCCUUACCCUUGGAUCAGACUUUGGAGACUUGGAUGGCUAAGGAAGAGUACCCUUUAUAUAAUGGUGGAAAUAUUAUUUUAGAAUAUCUAAACGAUGAAGAACAGUUUUUAAAAAAUGUCGACUCUUACUUGGAAUAGUCAUUCAAGGAUUCAAGCCCGAAGUCAUAAAGGGAAAUUCCAUGUACACAUUGAAGUCAGUCUCUUGUGCUGAAAGUAUGAUUGUUUUGAAGUUGCUUUUUAACUUAUUUCCAUUGUGUUAUAAUUUAUAUUUUCAAUUUUCUUACAUAUUGAGGUUCGGUUUCAAAGUUUAUAGUGAUACUUAUUAGAAACUUUUCUUAUUGGGGCUGGUGCUGGUGUACAGGCAAAGCCACUAUCUAUGACACCAACAUCCUGCACGGCUGCUAGUUCAAGUCCAGGAUGGGUUGUUUCUGAACUAGCUGCCUGCUAGUGUGCUCGUGAAAGCAAUGCAAGAUGGCUAGGGUGCUUGGGCCUCUGCACCCAUGUGGGAGACUAGGAAGAUGCUCCUGGCUUCCAAAAGGCCCAGCUCUGGCCAUUGCAGCCAUUUGGGGAGUGAACCAGUGCAGGGAAGAGCUAUGUCUCUCUUGUUCUCUGUAUCUCUUUCAAAUAAAUUAAAAAAAAGAAAGAAAAAUUUUGUAUUUCAUUAAUUGUAUUUAUUAGGUUAUGCUGUUAAAAAACAUUAGAACUCUGUUUCUUGUUUAAGUUAAUGUCAGCUGUUCAUUGACUCUAGCACUGCCUCAGGUAAUCCUCACUCCAGAUGCCAGCUAAGAGAACAACCCCUUUUUGAGAUAUUGCCAUUCUUAUGACAGAUGGG